AUGCACUCAGAGGGGAUGCUCUCACCUUCAAGCUCUUACUGGAUCUCAGGUCUGGCCUUCCCGGACUGGGCCUACAAGGCUGAAUCCAGCCCAGGCUCCCGGCAGAUCCAGCUCUGGCACUUCAUCCUGGAGCUGCUGCAGAAGGAGGAAUUCCGGCAUGUCAUUGCUUGGCAGCAGGGCGAAUACGGGGAGUUUGUCAUCAAAGACCCUGACGAAGUGGCCCGGCUGUGGGGCCGGCGGAAAUGCAAGCCCCAGAUGAACUACGACAAGCUGAGCCGGGCCCUCAGGUAUUAUUACAACAAGCGCAUCCUCUACAAGACUAAAGGGAAAAGGUUCACCUACAAGUUCAACUUCAGCAAGCUGGUCUUCAUCAACUACCCGCUGUGGGGCAUCCCGUCGCCUCCAAGGCCGUGGCUGAUGUGCCGUCCACAUGGAGGGAUCACCAAUGUGCAGGCAGAGAAUGCUAUGCUUGUGCGAAGGGCCUGUGCCAUGGAUCAGCUUUUCCUCCCCAGGAGCAGCCAUGACCUGGGAGACCCUCAAGAGAAGAGAGGAGCAGCCAGUAGUGGCUGUGAGUAUGGCGAUUAUGCCACCCUUCCAAGGAAAUGUUUGAUCUGUUGUUGGAGACUGGCCCGGAGGGGAAGUAAAGGAGAGAAUUCCAAGAGAGCAAUAAAACAAGCCUUUUAUUGUUAUCACAGCUAUGAUAAGGCAAACAGCCGUACAUACCCCAAAGGGCUGUAUCAUGGAAAUGGCUGCCGCCCCAUAACCCAGGAGAGAUUUCAUCCUCCGGCCACCUUCCCCCCAGCCUUGCCCCUUUGUCCACUCUCCUCUUGCCCCCUCUCCAAUCCCUCCUGCUUCUCUGGGCAUUUCUUCCACCGAGGUGCAGCCGUCCCACCUACGGACCAAAGUGGCACAAUGCAAAGCAUCCCAAGCAUUUCCAAAUCCUUUGAACGCAUGGCCGCUCUCCAUCGAAAGCAAACCGAAGCCUCCCCUGGCCUCUCCUUGGUAGCCCGGUGCCACACAGGCAUCCAAGAGGCACUGAAGGAGGCCCAUCAGGAUCCCAGUCCCUUUGCUAUGGUCAAGCCUGAGCCAGCAGCCCAGGCCAGGCCCCGUAGCAAAGGCAAGUUCUUCCUGAGUGACCACAGGGAAGAGGAGGACUCCCUUUGCUCUCCAAAGACAGGUCGCUGGCAAUAUGCUGCCUCCCACGUUGCCCCUGGAUUUAGGCUUGAAACCACCUAA